AUGUGUGUGUUCUUGCAUGUACGGCGACUCCACUCCUUCCUCGCCAUCACACCAUCACAAAACCCCCUCCUCCAGAUUCUCCCCAUCUUUAUAUCCCCUCUCCUGUCUCGCUACCUCUUUCAAAACCUCUGCAGUGAGUGUCAGGGAAAGAUGGAGCGAUCUCUGCUUGUGUCUCUUCUGUGUGUGUGGGUCCUCAGCAGCCUGUCUGCAGCAUCAGUGGACACAACAGAACAGUGUCCAGAGAGGAUACUGGGUAACGAGAGAAGACAAACAUGCCCAAAAAAGUGUCAGCAAGAUAAAGACUGUGGCAACAAACGUCAGUGUCUCUGUGACGGCCAGUGUGGACUCAGCUGUGUGGCCCCAGGUCGUACGUGUCCAUGGCCUCUCCCACCUGGAAAGAAUUUUGAUGUAGCUCUCCUUUCCCCUUCACCCUCAUUCUCCGCUCUGCUUGAGGUUCGCUGUAAGCCUGGGUUCACCAUGCAUAAUGGGCUAGACUCUACAAUACGCCGUUGCCAAGGUGACCGGCAGUGGAGUGGAGAUGAGCCUGUUUGUACAGCCUCCCCAGGAGGAGGUCUUGCAGCAGAGCCGGCUCUGGUGCCUGAGGUGUCCUGUUCUUUGCCUGAUGAUGAUCUGCUCUCUGUGCAGGGCAGUGCCAUCGUGGGAUCCAUCAUCCAGUACCAAUGUGCAGCUGGAUCUGUGCUGAUCGGAAAUAGUGAGAAUAUCUGUCAUGAGAACCAGACGUGGCAAUACCCUCACCCCAUCUGUCGCCGUGUGGUUUGUCCUCCUCCUAAGGAAGUUGAACGUGGACAUCUGGUGGCCGUCCAGAGAACUGAAUAUGAAGUUGGUGAUACAAUCUAUUACCUCUGCAAAAAGAACUUCUUGCUGGAUGGUCCAAAUCAAGUGACUUGUUUACCUAAUGGGACAUGGAGUGCAGAGCCUGCCUGCCGGGCCCGCUGUCCAGUCCCAGCUCAACGCAGCAGGGUGAUCGUGGGAGGAGUAAAGCGUUGGCCAUAUGAUCUGACGGAUGGUGUGGUUGCUCAUGGAGAGAAUGUGACAUUUUUCUGUAAACAUCCAGAAAAACUGUGCAGCUUCACUGCCACAGAGGUCUGCGUAGAUGGACAGCUCAAGCAACCUAGCUGCUAUCUUGACCCUACCUGGCUGCAGUUCAAGCUCUUUCCUCAUCGGCUGGUUUCAGAGAUUGAUCCAUGUGAUCCUGCUGACCUUCAGUGAACUCAUCAAAUUUUGACAACACAUUUUGCAUGUUGGCACACACUCUGACACCAUGACCUGGAGUCUGGAUCAACGUAAAUUGUAUUAUUAACGUGCCAACUAAAUUUGUUUUGGAACGGAUCUCAGUAGGAUCUCACAGUUAUGCCUCAAUUAACUCUUCUCUUUUCUUUGUUGUAUGUUGUAUUGACAAUGUUACCUUAAACAGAAUUUGUGUCAUAUUUGAUAUAUGCAAACACCCUCAUACUUGCUUGAGGUUAUGGUUGCUGCAAGCUGCUCUCUUUUCAUGUAUUUUAUUGUCAUACAAAGUGUAAAACUGAUUUUUGAGGUAGCGUUGGUGUUUAUCUUGUUAUAAUAUUUUAUUUCUUUGUUAAAAAGUGAUUUUCUGCAACCAAGAAUGCACAGGCUAAAGGUGAACUCAGAAAUCAUGCCAUGUACUGAUGCUCUCUGUAUUCCAAAAGCAGUUUUAUGAUAUGUUUAGAGUUAACUGAUCUUUGACUGGACUGCUUGAUUGGAUUGGAUUACAUAAAUAAGACUAGGGAAUAUUAUAGCAGAAAGCCUUGCUUAAUUAUUGCUGUCAUACAGAUUCAGUUUUGCAUUGUGUAAACAGUGAAUCAUCUUUAAAUGUUUGUUCUUCUUGUAAUAUCAUGAUUCUUCAAUAAAGAAA